AUGGGAAAACACCAGAGGAUUUUAAGCCAGCUACUUCAUCCGUUCUAUGCGGUUAAUAUGCUACUCAGUGUAAUGUUCUUCGUCACAAAGACCGUUCCUCCUAUAUGUACGACCAUGUACAACACAUGUCACAUUGAUUUCCACGAGUAUGAACUUUUGAUUUUCUUAGGAAGUUUUGUCGCCUUGCGCAGCAAAAGGCAAUUCUCAAUUCCUGACUAUCUGUCGCAUUUCUGUUUGUUUGCCAAAAUCCUUAGUGUUUACAUGUUUUGGAAGCAGAACGCAGUGUAUGCGGUUGGUUUCGGCCUCUUGUGGCUUAUGCAGGCUUGCUUUUGUCAACAACCUACCUACAGUGGCCCUGACAGGGUUUUAUACUUGCGCGACACAACUUUCGAUCAAGAAGUUGUUCAUGGUGAUUCACGAACUACGUGGCUAGUUGCCUUCUACACCGCUUGGUCACCGGCAUGCAUCAAAUUGCAACCUAUUUUUGCUGAGCUCUCGGAAGAAUAUGGAUUAGACUUUCUUAAAUUUGGAAAGCUGGAUAUCACACGAUAUCCGGACAUUGCCAAAAAGUAUUCGAUCGAUACUUCUGGCUGGUCCAAACAAUUACCCACGUUGAUAUUGUUUCGGAAAGGAAAGGAAAUCACCCGACGACCAGCCAUAGUGGGAGUAAACAAAAAGUCGAUUCAAAAGUUCUUUUUCACGUGGGAAAAUAUUGUCAAUUCUUUCAGUUUGGGGGAAUUGUACAUGGAGUGCAAAAAGUCGCAUCCGACUCCAAAACCAAUCGAAGCCGAAACAGAGGAGCCUGCAAAAGACAAAAUCGAAUGA